AUGUCUAUGUUCCGCAACCUCAUGUCCGCCAAGGUGCGAUCCAACGCCGGCUGCUGGACCUGCCGCCUGCGCCGCAAGAAGUGCGACGAAGAGCGCCCCAUCUGCGCUGGCUGCCAGGCGCUGGAGAUCACCUGUUACUUCGAUGAGGAGAAGCCGUCGUGGAUGGACGGCGGUCCGAAGCAGAAGGAGAUGGCCGACAGAAUCAAGGCCCAGGUCAAGAAGCAAGCCAGCCAGCGACGAGACCGCAAGUACAUGGAGCUGCUUGAGGCCGGCACCAACAGCAUGCGCCACGAACCAAAGAACACACUUCGUGAGCAUGUUUCACACAGCAACCUUGGUGAGCGGAUGAGCUCCAAUCCCUUCAAUUUCGGCCGCGGAGCUUCAGAGUCUCCCCCCAGGUCACAUUCCUCGGGCCACGACCAUAGCCUUACACCGCCUUCUAGCCAUACCAGUGGCGCAUCACCACCUGAAAUCCCAUGGACCAGCAAGAUCUUUGACCGUCAGUUUGCCCAAGAAGACGGCGGUCCCGAUAUUGACGUCCACUUCAUCAUGAUCUACCUCGACUACGUCUUCCCAUACCUCUUCCCAUGGUAUCGCCCUCCCGUCCUUAGCGGGGGACGCGGAUGGGUUUUGGAUAUCCUCCAAAGCAACAAAUCCGUCUACUACACAGCCAUCUCGCUGGCCUCUUACUUCUUCGGUGUCGUUCUCGCCAAUGGAGAUGUGUCACAUGUCGAGUGUACUGACCGCAUGGCACACAAGCUACAAUCACAACUGGAAAAGGGUCUCAAAGAACUGCAGAAGGAGGUCCUGGCGUGCCGCCAGAAUACUGACGUUUUCGAGAGGCUCCUGGUGAUGCAGAGCAUCAUCCAGAUGGUUGUCUUUGAAGUAGCCACAGCCAACGAGGAUCACUGGAAGAUGCACCUCGACGCCGCCAUUGCCCUCUUCUUCCAGAUCCUGCCCGAUCCGACCAAGUGGACCGAGGUUCUACACGGAUUCUACACGCCACGUUGGCCACCGCCAUCGAUGGGGAUCCGCCGACCAUGGAGCACGAACCAGGCCGCCCUCCGAUUCUUCACUGCCAAUCUACUCCACAUGGAUGUGAUGGCAAGUAUUACACUCGAGAGACACCCCCGUCUUCGAACCUACCAAGAGAAUAUCAUUCCAGGUUGCUUUUCGAAAGCAUGCCGUGAAAAUGCACAGACGGCCGGUCCGCUAUUCAUGGACGAGUUCAUCGGGCUCCAUAACUGGAUAGUUCAGAUGAUUGGCGACGUCUCCUCCCUGGAUGCUUGGAAGAAGGAGCAGCUGAGUGCUGGGACCUUCUCUGUCAAUGACCUUCUCAGCCGCGGAAAAGUUUUGUCUGAUGCUAUGCAAGCCAGCCUCCAGAAUCUCGACAAGGACAUGGCCGGCAUAACCGGAGAGGCCGCGUUCUCAAUGAUCGUGGCCGACCCUCUGGAAGAACUCAGAGGAACGGCCUCAAACGGGGAUGGCAGCACCAACCCUGUCAUCGCCAGCCACAACGCGGUUUGGCUUCGUGCCACACUCGUCUAUCUCUACACCGUAGUGUUUGGGUGGCAACCAAAUCACCCUGAAAUUCGAACUCAUGUUGUGCACAUCACAACAUGUCUGACCUCGCUUCCAAGAGGCGCCUGCCUUAGGAACCUAGUCUGGCCCUACUGUCUGGCCGGCUGUUUGGCACCUCCUGAAGACGAGGAGAAGUUCCGACUCAUGUCCCACCGCCUGGGUGCACUUCAAGUCUUCGGGACGGUUAAGGAAGCCACGGAGAUCAUGGAGAAGGUCUGGGCUUGUAGGGAGCAGAUUGACGAAAGCUGGGAUGUGUCUAAGUGCCUGAGGAUACUUGGCCACAGGUCACUGCUAAUCUAG